UUGUCUCUCUCAGAAAUGAAUACUCCUAAUUACAACAAUAUUCCUUUUAUUUUCUUCUUCGCCCAAAUCUCUGCUUAACAGAGCAGUAUCAACAUACUUAGCAUCAACUCUCUCUCUCUCUCUCUCUAGAAACACGCAAAACACAUCCACUGCGUGCGAUUUUCCGAUUCUCCGACGAUCCGCCGCGAUUCCCGCAAUGGACGACCGCAACAGGCCUGUCACAGGCUACCCGGCCGCAAAUCCGCAGACCAACGGCUACUCCGCCGCCGGCCCGCCGCCUGCCGGAACCGCCUAUCCCUACGCCGCCGCGGCUCCUCCCCCCAGCGCCUACUACUACCAGACCAAUCCCUACCAGCACCACAACUACCAGUACGACGCCGACUCCAUCCACCGCGCCACCUGCCUCCGCCGCAUCUUCGCCUUCGUGAUCGGCCUCGUCGUCAUCUUCGGCACCGUCACCUUCAUCGUCUGGCUCGUCCUCCGCCCCCAGCUCCCCGAGUUCCGAGUCGACUCGUUCUCCAUCUCCAAUUUCACGAUCGGCAACGACUCGCUCACCUCCUUCACCUCCGAGCUCAAGCUCACCGCCAGAAACCCUAACAAAAAGAUGACGCUCGGCUACGAUCAAGUCCAGACCGCCAUUUUCUACCAAGCCUACUCCCUCUCCGAGACCUCCGUCGCGCCCUUCUACCAGGGCACGAGGAACGAGACCUCUCUCACGGCCAGAUUCGCCGACGCCGGGAGCUUUCUCGACAAGUCGGCGGUGGAUGGGAUUACUCGCGAGAGGGGGAAGAAUGGCAAUGUCAACUUCAAUGUGAGGGUGGUUUCUAGGGUUCGGUUCGAGGCGAAGGCGUGGAGGACUCGGAGGAGGUUUCUCAAGGUUUUUUGCGGGGAUCUGGUGCUUGGAUUGGCGACCAAUGGGGCGUCGGGGGCGUUAACUGGCGGAGCGAGGCAGUGCCGCGUUGGGAUUUGAGGUGAAUUGAGGAUUCUUUGGUAAAGCUAAUUAGGUUUAAUUUGUUGGAUAUCUUUUUCUCUUUUUGCUAUUUGACGUUGAAUGGGUGUGAAUCUAAUUUGGCUCUGUAUUUUGAUAUAUAGGCUAUUGGAUUCCUAGAUUAACCCUGUUCUAUGUAUAGUUGGAUGAUGGAACUCUCUAUGCUCUUGAUUUUUUCA